CUCCGCCCCUCCUCACCGAGGCCCCUCUGCCCCGCAUCACGUGAAUAGGCCCCUCUAGGUCGAGCCCAGAGCAGGAGGGCGGUGGAGACCCAGGUCUGCGUUCUGCUUUUGGCCCUGGCAGGUGGACAGGCAUGUCCCAGGAGGGGGCUGUGGGGAGCUCCAGCAGAGAAGAUGCUGUUUUCCCUUCCCGACAUAGAUGUGGACUUUUCCAGGAGGUCAUGGUAGGAGGCAGCUCCACGCCAGGUAUGGAAUCAGAGGCCCAGGGUCGGGCUCUGAUCAGGAAGAGAGUCCGCAGGGGUGGCGAGAAAAGAAGCUCCACUUUCAAUGAAGAAGGGUCCCUAGAAUGGAACCUGCCAUCCUCACCAGGCCCAGCCCCUGUGAGGGCAAGAAGGAAAAGCAGGAAGUCUGAGUCCUGUUCCAAAGGCAGCCUCAGCUCCUCCCCAGAGGCCACUGCCAGCAAGGCCUGCACAGGCGCAAUUGCAUGGCAGAAAAGAGACAAGUGUACUAAGAAGCUAAGGAGGGACCCAGCGUCCUGUGGCCAAGAGCAGCCCACAGAUGAAAGUUGGAACAGCACCUGCCAGGGUGAGCCAGUGGAAGCCAGCCCAGAAGCCUGCCCCAGAUUGGAGGCAGUAAAAAUGCCCUGUGGGGUGAAGCAUGUGUGUUACCUGGGUUCUGAGGCAGCGAUCCAGCUGCUGGGGGCCAUCAGCCAUGGCCAGGCAAGUGGACAGCAGCCGUCCCAGCUGGAGUCUCUGGAGAACUUGGAGAUCAGCUCAACGUCACCUUCCCAGAAGCCCAGAACCAGAAAAAGGCCUGUGGCUCAGGGCCCUGCUGCAGGCCAGGGUGGCCUAGAGGAGGCUGUGAAAGGGGAGCCUCUUCUAGAGGUGGCAAAGAACUCAGCUCAGCUUCAAUUUGGAGAGGAGAUAAUAGCCCUGGAUCUUGACAUACGGGUCACUGUGGUCCGUGCCCUGUGGGAGGCGCUGUGGAGUCGUGUUCAGGAGCUUCCUGACCUGGGGCUGAGUGAGGAGGUGGUGGAGGGCAUCGCUGCUGGCAUCGAGGCUGCCCUCUUUGACCUCACACAGGGCACCAGCUGCCGGUACAAAAUCAAGUAUCGCAGCCUGCUCUUCAACCUUCGUGACCCCAGGAACCCAGACCUGUUUCUCAAAGUGGUUCAUGGAGACGUCACCCCUCAUGACCUGGUGCGGAUGAACUCAGUCCAGCUGGCCCCCCAGGAGCUGGCCCGCUGGCGGGACCAGGAGGAGAAGAGGGGCCAGCCAGAGACCACCCUAACCCUGCUGAGCCGGCCUCUUCAGGGACUAGAGAUCAUUGCACAGCAACAGAAGGAGCUACACAGACUUCCGACCUCCAAACUGACCCACAAAGGCGAGGUGGAGAUUCUGCGGGACACAGACCAGAUGCUGACCCUGGAAGACCUGGUGGGACCUGUGGUGUCUGGAGACUGCAGCCCACAGGCCCUGCCUGCCCUGCUGAAGGACAUCACCGAACAGCACGAUUGCCACUUCCUAGACCCAGACUGCCUCAUUUGCGCAGAGUCUUUGAGUGAGCUGCCAGGCUUCUCCAGAGCCUCCAGGAACAGCGGGGAGAGUGCCUUCCAGAGAGCCCCAAGCCCAGCUCCUGUGUCCUCUCCAGAGUUGUCCAGAGCCAGGGAGACACCUCCCACGGAGCCCCAGGACAGGUACCAGAUGUCUGCUGGGUCCACAAAGGCUCUGCCCAGCCCACCUCUCUGGGAGGGGGCACUGGACAUGUUUACCAUCAAGCACUUCCGGGCUAGGGCCCAGCUGGUCUCAGGACGCAGCUGUCGGCUCAUCCAGGCUCUGCCCCAGGUGAUUCGCUCAGCAGGUCGCAUCCCCCCUACCACUGUCUGGGACCUUCUGACCAGCAUCACUCCAGCUGAGGCCAAGGAUGUCUCUGUGGUCAGACUGUGUCCCCAGGGUGCUCAGGACACUGAGAACUGCCACUUACUCUACUCCUACCUCAACAACAAGCAGUGCCAUGGACUGGCCUCUCUGCAGCACAUGGGGGUGGUCCUGCUGCCCCUGCCUGCUUUCCAGCCACUGCCCACCAGACUGCGCCAUCUGGGUGGCCCAGGUCUGGAAACUGCUCACUCGAGCCUGUUGCUGGCUGUGCUUCUUCCCAAAGAAGGGCUUCCAAAGACAGCUGUGUCCAGCACUCGGGGGAAGGUUCAAAAGAUAGUCUCCUUCAAGAAGAAAGUGGAGAUGAGAUACUACCAGCCAGUGUACAGGAAGCCAGAUGUGGCCCUAAAAGGCCAUCUUCCCCAAGGGGAUGCCCUGCAGCAGAGCCAGGACAAGGGCAGCCUAUCUCCAGGGGAAGUUUGUGCUUGGCAGAAGUUCCCCAGAGGCCGGGGGAAACCAUGGGAAGAGGCUGAAACCUGGCAGAGUCACAGCCAAGGGAAACAGCCCCCAGAACCAGGCUGGUACCAGCCCCAACAUCCCUAUUUAGUAAUGCCAGCUGCCAAUGGCUUUGGUUAUGGCCACCAGGUCCACAGGGCUUCUUGCCCCCACGAGGUCCUACUCCACCAUCUCAGCUCCUUGGUGACCAUGAGUCAACAACUCCAAGCCUCACUGAGGCCCUCAGGCCAGGAUCCCCUUCUCCCACCCCCUACAGCAUUUCCUCAGCCCCCUGCAGCCCCAGGGACUCACGGCCUGCUCUACCAGUCCCCUGCAGCUCCAGAGAUCCCUGAGCCAGCCCCUCACCCCUCUUCGGGCCCUGCAGUUGGCACAAAGUGUCCCUUUCCUAGAAAGGCCUGACCCUGGUUAUCCAUUAGAACAGGGGUUUUGAUUCCCUCUCUAGUGCUGAACCAGGGAGAGAUGGGGGCAGAGGGAGAGGGUGGCGGGAGGGAAGGGUCAGCUUUCUGUCUGGCCUGUUUGUUUCCUGUUCUGUAGUCUGUUUGCUGUUGGUUUUUGGUUUAAUAAAGAAUUUGGCGAAGUUAGGGUUGC